AUGGAAACGCAAACAUCGUCGUCAUCACCAGUUAUUUUAUUCCCAAGUUUGAAAACACUUGUAUUCGACUUGUUGCCGAAGUGGGAAGAGUGGGAAGGAAUGACAGGGUGGAGUGAAGAAGAGGAUUCUCAUAAGACAAAUACAAUAAUGCCCUGCCUUUCGUCCUUAGAAAUUAUUGAUUGCAAUGUGCUUAAAACACUGCCAAACUUCUUACGAAAUACACCACUGAAGGAGUUGGUCAUCGACUACUCUCAAACACUUGAACAAGGUUGCCGAAAAGGUAGAGAAGAGUGGCCCAAGAUUUCUCACAUCCCAAACAUCAAAGUUGAUAAAGAAUUUGUACAAAAAGACGGAGUUUACCAAACUGAUGAUGAUGAGACGUCAAGUGCCGCUUCCACCUCUUCUUCUGAAAUUAUAUCUAUUAUAUCUACACUUAUUGAAACUGAAGAAGGUUUUGAUUUUCUUAUAUGUCAGCAGUUGAAG